CCUCGGCAACCAGACGGCAGUAGUCCUCGCGGCGCGCACACACGGACGGCGAUAUACAUGGCCGAGACAGCGGCUGCUGCUGCUGCUGCUGCUGCUGCUGCUGCUCUCAGCUGCGCCUGCUCGCGCUCAGUCAAUCCGGCAUCAGCAGCAUAUAAGAACGAAAUACCCGCAAGGAUGCCGCAGCCGCCGGCAGCAGUAACGCGCCUCUAGACCCCCUUUUCUCCGCCGUGUUAUAUACUCUCUUCUGUAUCAUCGAGGACGUAUAACAGUGAGAGAAUCAGAGAAGUGCCGUGUGUGUUGUGCGCGUUGUUGUAUCAGCAGCGAGAGGCGACGACGGUUUGUUGACGACCAGGAGGAGACCAGGGCGACGGUGCAGAAUGCUGUCGCAGAUGAAGAGCAUAACGGUGGGCAAGCUCGAGGGCAACAAGCGCUCGAAGCAGCUGAUGUCAUCGUCCAGCCUCUCCGGCAUGUCGCAACUGUCCAACAGCAGCGAGGAGGCUUUCGAGCCGCUUGUUCACAAACCGCACAAUUCGGAUAAAUCGGAAAGCACACCGAAGGACCGAAAGGCGCAGCCGAGCGACUGGCUGCUGAGCAGCCCGAACGGCAGCAAGACGCCGAUGUUGCGGUUCAGAUGUUCAGCGCUGGCAGAGCCUCCGGAAGAGCCGCCGGCCAAGCAGCUGCACAUGACGUACAAAAUCUUCCAGACGGACACGAAGCUGAUCAACGUCCUGCUGCAGUCGCACGGCCUAACGGAGGUUUCCAUGAACGAGAGCACCUUCAACAUCCUGUGGAUGGGCAACCAUCCAAAGCCCGAUGUUCUCCGUAAUCUGCUGCCUUAUCAAAAGGUUAACCACUUUCCGAGAUCGUACGAGAUAACGCGCAAGGACCGGCUGUACAAGAACAUCGAGGCGAUGCAGCGUAGCAAGGGUGUGCGCAAUCUCGACUUCAUACCGCAGACCUUCUUGCUGCCGAACGAGUCGCGAGAGCUGCAGACGGCGCACUUCAGGUACCGCGGACCCUGGAUCGUCAAGCCCAAGGCUAGCUCGCGCGGACGAGGCAUUUACAUCGUCAACAGUCCGGAGAAAAUCCUGACGGACGAGUCGGUCAUCGUCGCCCAGUACAUCAACAACCCUCUGCUGGUCGACGGGCACAAAUGCGACCUGCGGCUCUACGUGGCGGUGACGAACUACGACCCGCUGCUGAUCUAUCUCUACGAGGAGGGUCUGGUGCGAUUCGCCACAGUCAAGUACGACGGGGACAAUCAGUACGUCUGGAACCCGUGUAUGCACCUCUGCAACUACAGCAUCAACAAGUUCCACGUGGACUACGUCAAAAGCGAAGAUCCCGACGCGGAAGACGUCGGCCACAAGUGGACCCUGUCGGCUUUGCUGAGGCAUCUCCGAUCGAUCGGUCAGGACACCGAGCUGCUGAUGCAGCGGAUCGAAGACAUCAUUAUAAAAUCAAUUCUCGCCACCGCAUCCGGAAUAAUAAGCGGCAUCAAGCAGUUCGUUAAGCAUCCCGACACUUGUUUCGAGCUCUUCGGCUUCGACAUCCUCAUCGACGACACGUUGAAGCCCUGGCUACUGGAGGUGAAUCUGACGCCGUCCCUCGGCUGCGACUCUCCUCUGGACGUGAGAUUGAAGUCUGCCCUCAUAGCCGACUUGUUGACUCUCGUGGGCGUCCCGGCCGUCGAUCCCAUUCUCCGGCCGAAGAGCUCGCACCCUCACAGAUCCGUCAAUCCCGCCAAGCGAAUGACCAGUUGCAGAAGAGUCCACUCGGCGGAGACGCUAAAUCAGAAGAAGAAGACUGCCAGUAAAACCAGUAUUAAUAAGUCCGGCCUCAGCUCCGAGCAGCAGAGAAUAUUAGCAUCCGCCAGGGCGCAAUUCGAGCGCCGAGGUGGAUUCGUGCUCAUAUUUCCUAGUCCCAAGUCGUGGGAGUUGUAUUCUCAGUAUUUAGAUCCAUCAACUGGCAUUCCAGUCGUGACGGAUCCUCUGGGGCCCGGAAGAGUCCAGCACACGUCGAGUACCAAUCACAACUUGAUGCUGCACGAGCAACUGUUUCCGGCAGCUAGUCGCACGCCGGGUUUCAUAAUUCCUGAAGUCAAGCUGGAUCGAUUGUCGAGGUUCGAAAGGUACGAGAGGGCUUUGGUCAAGGGCCACAAGCAGAGUUUGGAUCGGAACGAUAGCAAGGAAAAUUUGGAUAUCGAUACGCACAAGUACAAAGCUCAAGUCAUGCAGAUGAUGCACGAAGGGAAUAAAUUGAGUCACGGAGAAGCCAGGAAAGCCUUCGGUUUGUAUUUAGGUCACAUUCUGCGUAAAAUAUCGUCGCAAAAUCCCGAUCCCGUUUGUUGCGAUCUCGUGACCAAGUUUCUGCAACAAUCCGCUAGUAACUUAAGGACACCCUUCUUGUUCACCUUGCCAAGUAGUAAAUUGGGAGAUAAGGAUAGAGCCGCAAUAACAGCCAAGCAAUUGUCCGAUUUUCUAUCACUUUACAAUAGAGAGACCGACCUCUACGCCGAUACGGUCGAUAGACCAAGAACCGUGCCGAACAGACUUUUCCAAAAAUUCCUCUUAGCUGCCAGUGAGGAAGACCUCGAUAGCGUACUGUUACUGCAAACCAACCUCUACAACUGCGCCCACACGUUUCUGGGGCGCAGCGGCUUUGUCAGUAGUCUUCGAGGGUCUAAUCUUUUAAGCCUCCUGCCACAUAUCACCUCGAGGGUACACAAUAAUGCAAAUAUCACGGAGCAAUGCAAAUGCAACCAGUCAAACAACCGAACGAGAAAGGCGCCUAGAACAUAGUUCGAGUACUUUCAAGUCAUUGUUUACUUCUGAAUUCGUCGAUUUUGGCCAAAUGAUAAAAAAUUUUAACUUACUAACGUAAUAGCGCACUGCGCCGGAUUAGUUUUUGUUGUACAAUAAACUUGUUCACGCUGUGCGUACUGAAGUACAAUGUUGCGCUAGCAGUUUCAAGAAUUAGCGGGCUAUACGAGCCCUCUCGAAAACUUACUCUUUCGAAUUCUUAUUACGCGACGUGCGAAUUUUCGUUAGACAAAAAUUUACUUGGUUAUGAGUUUUUAAGCGAAAAAAUUUUGCGUACUAUUUGUUGUCGUUGGUGUUUUUAAGAUGUUCUAAUAUAUUCAUAAGCAAAUUCUAAAUUUUAGCGUAACCAAACGGUGCUUGCUUCAACUUAUUCCUUUAAAUUUAGCGCGGUACUCAAGAAGCAGACAAAAAAAUUAUAUUUUUAUUUAGGCAUUGUUGAUUGUUUUCAAUUUUUUCUUAAAUGUCUACGAAUUUAUCGUAUUCGUUACAGCAUUCAAUAACGUUCCUACUUGCAAUCUUCUUCCGCUUGAACUUGGCAUACAUACGUAAAACGAAUCUUAUUAAUAUCAGGUUGUAUCAGAUAGUAGAACUUUAAAAGACGUUUCUACACUAUGUAAAAGUCUCUUCUAAACAUUUGAUAAACUAACGUUUGCGAAACAAUCUCUAGUACAUUUCGAAACUGCGUAAUGAAAUCGUUGUAAUUAUUCAAGUAACAAAAAUUAAUGAUAACGUAGAGGACAAUUAUACUGGCUCAGGUAACUUGAUCGAUCUCAUCGAUGUCGAACAAGCCAAGGUAGAGUAAGAAAAUAAGCGAGGUCUUUUAUCGCAUUUUAAGACGUGAAGUCAAGGAUCUAAAAUUUAAUAUAAAUCGCUUUUUACCGAUACACUUAUAUAUAGUGCACCACACACGACUUUUCACGCUUUUUGAACUUAGAAAAAAGAAAAGGAAAUCCGUAAGCGAGCUCUUUUCUUUGCAACGCGGCUCAUAAAAUAACGCACAUCUGAUAGCUGGAUUGGCAGGUACCAAUUCAGCCAAGUUGAGAUUCCAGAACGAAAAUCACCUCCAUCCAGUUCAUUCCGUCUAGAUUUUCAUUCGCGCAUCCUCGGCCGACAACUCUAAUUAACGACAUUAAAAACUUUUAUAAGAUCGUUGAUUAGUUUAGCCAGGUCCGAGCAGUAUUUUUGAAACGAGCGAUCAUUCACCGCGUCGAUUAGCGAACGCUGCCGCACAACGGCACCAUGUGUACCACACCGCUUCUUAUGCCGUACCGAUUCAUUGAAUUAUCGCGUUCUGUGAUAUUAAAUACGUCGUUUGCACGUGAAUGUAUAAGCUCGCUACUCGGCCAAUGUACAACGUACGUUUAAUUUCUUGUAUAGCACGCACAUCUGUUUUGUAAUUUUAAAUCUCUACUGUUCAGAAGUGAAGUAUUUUGCGCACGGAGCUUUCAAGCUUGUAAUAUCGUAACUAGAGAUAACAUCGUGAGUAUAAAAUAUCAUUAUAAUCUUUUUACAACGAACACGCUUAAACGUAGAAGUAACGAAAGAAUUGAAGGAAAAUAAGUGACGAUCAAUAAAAGUUAAACAAAUUGUCUUAUACACUUUUAUUUUAUACGAGUUAAUAAGUACUUAAACGUUUGAAUAACUCUGAUGCUUCCAAGUUUGAAUCUUGAAAGCCGGAGAAACGCUUAUCGAGCUAGAGAAGGCGUUGAAUCGACUUUUACUAUAAGAAACCAGUGAAAUUGGCUUAAUGCUUAGCUUGGUCUAGAAAUCGCGCGCGCACCCGAAUAGGCGUUUAAUAGCAUUUUUCACGAGUACCUCGCAACGGAGUGCAAUAAUUUAAAUACAAGAUGUCAAACUCUUGAAAAGUUUCGAUGGCGUUAUAACGCCGCGAGGAGGGCCUGAAUGCGUAUAUAGUAUAUACGUAAUAUGCAUGUACGAGUAUUAAUGCCUGCGAAUGUAUGUCUAAUAAAAAAAGAAGGUGAAAGAGCCCGUGGUCAUUUUUCACGUGUAAGGAUAUUUUGUAUAAAUUGUAUGUGAUCGAUGAGCACUGAUUAUUGUCCGGAUAUUGUGUACCGCCGUUAUGAACGCUGCGAAUUGUUUGCGUUUUGUUUUUCUUUGUUUUUUAACCGAAGUGACGAGGAGCGAGACUGCACGAUAUAGGGCUUGUUCUAAUUCUUCGUCUAGUUAACUUAUUUAUUAUUGUAUGGCAAAGUAAUAUAUGUGCUGUUUGCGUUUCGUCGUCAAAUCGCAAGAUAUUUUUUAUAUUCAUUAACAAGGAAACAUUAUUGCUCUUAAUAUUAACUAUUGUAUUCAUAGUUUGCUCGCACGAGGAAGUUUUUUUAACGCUGUAUGUCUUUGUUGUGAUCUUCGGGAGAGAAGCCGAAGAGGUGUCUAUUAGGUUAAUCGCGUACACGUUUAAAGUUCUACGAAAUGCUUGAUCGACUAUAAAGAGAUCAUUUUUUACGAUGGGUAUCAUGAAAAAUCAAGUUGUGUCGAAAUGUUCGUUGAGGCUUCAACGGAGAUGGUGUUUUUUUAAACUGCCGCCUACCGUCGACGUGUAUAUUAUACAAUAACGCUCUCAUACUCUGUAACGAUGCAUUUCCCUUAUUUAUUCUGUCUCCUCGGAAUCUACUCUUCGCGUAGUGAGAGAUAAUGAGUGAGAGAGUCUCGAGAACUGCCUUUGCGAGAACCAGUUGAUCUGCAAACAUUAUACGCUUCGAUUGCGUAACUCAGUGUUCAUUUAAUUUUACUAGCGAUGCUGCUGAUCAACCAAUUAAUUAUCCCGCAUCUCGUCGUUAACGAUAAAAAUCGCCAGCUCAGUGCUCAAUACGUUCAUAUCAAGGCUCAUUAAUUUUUGCGAUCUGGCGCUGAGAAACUCGCCGUUUCGUUCGAAUCCAAUAAGCAAUGGCAUGUGAUUGAGAUUAACGGUGAACAAAUUAAAAGUAAGAGGAGACAAAAUGGUGCUGAACGAUGAGAAGGCAAAGAUCGUCGACGUUGUGGAUAAAAUUAGUAAGCUUGAAUGGAAAAAUGCGUAUAUCGAAUACAUAUACCUCAGCACAGGCGGCCUACUCAGGGCAGCUGUACAGCAAGCGGGGCGACGAUUAUUUCCAUUUUACCUGUGAUCUUUUGAAGAUGUGAAAGAAAAAAAAUAAGAAUUUUUGCUAGUCAACGUUCGAGGAAUAUUGUACAGUCUUGCGAAUGUAAUAGAAGCGCCGACGUUCGCAGUUUACGAGUCACCAAUGAUGGCAAUCAGCGCGCCUAAUGUUUUAAUUUAGGCUACGCGUUAUUAUCCAAGUUGAACUAUAGAGCGUUUUGCGAUAUUUGCCUACGAUGAAGAAUCCAGUUGCAAUCGUUACCGAAUCGUAGUAUAACUAUUUUAAUUAUGCGCAUCUUUUUUGAAAUCGUGUGUUCUCGUUAUUACGAUCGAUUUAUAUUUGUCGUUGUGACUGGAUUUUUCGCUCAGUGUCCUUAGGAUCUAUUAUAAGCAUUGAUUGUCAGCGCCUAAUAUUAAAACAUAUUUUCCCAAUGUAAUAUACAUAACUUGUAUGCAUCAUAUUUUAAACGAUGAAAAUAAAUUGAGCGAGCAGAAAAGACUCAAA